AUGGUUACAUGUGAAAAUAAACAAAAUGUUUAUGGUUUUCAUGGAAAUCGUAGUCUACCAUUUCUACGUAUUACUGUGGCUUUGCCACGUGUAAUUGCACCAGCCAAACGUAUAUUAGACAAUGGUUUAGCAUUUUCUAACUAUCCACUACAGUCGUACUCAGCUUUUGAAGCAAAUAUUGACUUUGAGAUACGUUUUAUGACGGAUACACAAAUGACUGGAUGUAGUUGGGUUGAAGCACCUGCUGGCAAGUAUAAGUUAAGAGAUUCUACACAGAAGACAGAAGAUAUUAAAACAUCGAAUAAGAAAUCAACUUCUGGCAAUUCAAUAUACGGUACUGCUAAUCACUCUACAAAUAAUAAUGGUAUUGAAGAUAAUCUUUGUUCAACAAAAUCAUCAUUGUUAACUGGUCAUACACGGUGUCAAAUUGAAUUCGAUAUUGCAUGGGAUGGUUUAAUUAUUCAUCCACCUGAUGGUCAAUGGAGUAAUAUUGCACCAUUUCGUGUACUCAGCUUUGAUAUUGAAUGUGCAAGUCGUAAAGGUAUAUUCCCUGUACCAGAUAAAGAUUCAGUGAUACAAAUAGCCAAUAUGGUUAUUAAUUAUGGUGAGACAACACCAUUUAUUCGUAAUGUAUUCACAUUGAAUACAUGUGCACCUAUUGUUGGCUCUCAAGUAAUCUGUCAUAAAACUGAACAAGAGUUGUUAGCUAAUUGGGCAAUGUUUGUACGUGAAGUUGAUCCGGAUAUUAUAACCGGCUAUAAUAUACAGAACUUUGAUUUGCCCUAUCUUAUCAAUCGUGCUAACCAUCUUAAAGUUGACAGUUUUGCAUUCCUUGGUCGUAUUCGAGGUGCACGUUCCACUGUACGUGAAGCAAUGGUACAAUCGAAACAAAUGGGUCGUAGAGAGAAUAAAUUUGUCAAUAUUGAUGGACGUGUACAAUUGGAUUUAUUACAGAUUUUGUUUCGUGACUACAAACUCCGGAGUUAUACACUGAAUGCAGUUAGUUAUCAUUUUCUUGAAGAACAAAAAGAGGAUGUUCAUCAUAAUGUCAUAACAGACUUACAGAAUGGUGAUUCACAAACUAGAAGGCGUUUAGCUGUUUAUUGUUUAAAAGAUGCCUAUUUACCAUUACGUUUAUUAGACAAACUAAUGUGUGUUGUAAAUAAUAUAGAAAUGGCUCGUGUGACAGGAGUACCACUAACAUAUCUACUGACUAGGGGUCAACAAGUCAAGGUCGUAUCACAACUACUACGUAAAGCUCAUGAACACGGUUAUUUACUGCCGACAUAUCAAUCACAACAAGUGAUGACUACAUUGGAUUUCGCUAGUCUAUAUCCAAGCAUUAUGAUGGCGCAUAAUCUAUGCUAUACAACAUUGUUACAAGUGAAUACAUCACCACACGGUUCCACUGGUGGUGGUAUUCAAGCUGUCGUCCAACGAUACAAUUUAACUGAUGAAGAUUAUAUCAAAACGCCUACUGGAGCUUAUUUCGUCAAGUCGCAUAUACGUCAAGGUAUUCUACCAGAGAUUUUACAACAACUGUUAAGUGCUAGGAAAAAAGCAAAAGCUGAACUUGCCAAUGAAACAGAUCCUUUACGUAAACGUGUUUUAGACGGUCGCCAACUGGCAUUGAAGAUUAGUGCUAAUUCGGUGUAUGGAUUCACGGGUGCACAGGUUGGCAAAUUGCCAUGCUUAGAGAUAUCAGCUUCAGUGACGUCAUUUGGUCGUUUGAUGAUUGAACAGACUAAAAUGCAUGUGGAACAGAAGUUCUCAAUUACUAAUGGAUAUGCACAUAAUGCUGUGGUUAUUUAUGGUGAUACAGACUCUGUGAUGUGUAAGUUUGGUGUGUCGACAGUAGCUGAAGCUAUGGAACUGGGUCGUAAAGCUGCUGAGGUCAUAUCUCAAGAAUUUCCAAACCCUAUCCGACUGGAAUUUGAAAAGGUGUAUUUCCCUUAUCUAUUGAUCAACAAAAAACGGAUUGAAACUGUACGACGUGAUAACAGUCCACUAGUGGCAAAUUUGAUAAAUGCAUGCUUGGAGAGAAUACUAAUUGAUCGUGAUCCAAAUGCAGCGAUUAGUUAUGCUCAAUCAAUUAUAUCCGACCUGUUAUGUAAUCGUAUUGAUAUAUCCCAAUUGGUAAUCAGUAAAGAAUUAACUAAAACUGAUGAAGAAUACACCGGUAAACAAGCUCAUGUUGAAUUGGCUACAAAAAUGCGUAAACGUGAUGCUGGUUCAGCGCCGAAUUUAGGCGAUCGUGUACCAUAUGUGAUAACAGCAGUUGGCGGGAAAAAUACUGCUGCCUAUGCUAAAGCUGAGGAUCCUCUAUAUGUAUUAGAGCAUAAUAUACCAAUUGAUACGAAAUAUUAUCUAGAGAAUCAAUUGGCUAAUCCGUUAUUGCGUAUAUUUGAGCCUAUUCUAGGCGAAGUGAAAGCUAAAUCUGUAUUAUUGAACGGUGAACAUACACGGGUAAAAGCUGUUGUACAUUCUACUGUCGGCCAACUAUCAGCUUUUACAAAAGUACGUGCAACGUGUAUCGGCUGUCGAACACUACUGCCUGGUGAUAAAGCAGACGCUGCUUUAUGUAAAUUCUGUGAACCACGUGCAUCAGAAAUUUAUCAAAAAGAAAUUGUUCAAUUGAAUUCAUUAGAACAGAAAUUCGCAUCAUUAUGGACUGAAUGUCAACGAUGCCAACAAAGUAUACACGAAGAAGUUAUAUGCACCAGUCUUGAUUGUCCAAUCUUCUACAUGAGAAUGAAAUCAUGCAAAGAUGUAGAAGAAGCUUAUAAAGUGAUUCAACGUUUCGGUGAUCCCAACUGGUAA